AUCCUUUUGAAGGUCCUUUAGUCUGGCUGGCAGUACAUGAAGAUGGAAUAAGUGUGCUGGAAUAUAACACUAUGAGGUUGCUGUUGACAUACACACACAGGAGUCUAAUGACCUUCGGAGGUUAUCAUGAUGACUUUAUGCUGGUGGUUAACACGCAGACAAAGGACAAGCCAACUGAAAAACUUCUGUUUGCUAUGGCGAAAGUGAAGAUUUUGGAGAUAACUCUGCUGAUUGUCAGCUACAUCAAUACGAUUCAACAGCAGAAGAUGGCCACUCACCACAUGUCUGCCCCUGCCCUUCUCUCUGCCCAAGCUGAAGAGCCGAAGACCAAACAAUUGGAAAGC